GUGUGCUGGGGAGGCGACAAGAGCACGUGUUCCGGCUGGCACGUGCUGAGGGCACGUGCAAAGGACCAGGGGCGGGCCCACUCGCGAAGCCCUGGAGGGCAGAUUGGCUACUCCAGGAAGGGGGCGUGUCCCCACGUGAGCUGUCAGGGAGCAGGAGUGGGAGAUAGAGGCGAGGGCGCCUGCGCAGUCCUGGCCUGGCCACGUCCUCCCACUGGGUGCAAAGGGCAGGCAGUUCGUGCGCGGACAUCGGCCCUGGCUGAGUGUGGCCAUGGCGGGUGCUGAGUGGACAUCGCUGGAGGAAUCCUUGGAGAAGCACCUCCCGCUCCUAGACUUGCAAGAGGUGAAGCGUGUUCUCUACGGCAAGGAGCUCAGGAAGCUUGAUCUGCCCAGGGAAGCUUUCGAAGCCGCCUCCAGAGAAGACUUUGAACUGCAGGGAUAUGCCUUUGAAGCGGCGCAAGAGCAGCUGAGACAACCCCGCACCGUGCAUGUGGGGCUGGUUCAGAACAGAACCCCCCUCCCCACGGAUGCUCCUGUGGCACAACAGGUCUCUGCCGUUCAUAAACGCAUCAAGUCUAUCGUAGAGGUGGCUGCAAUGUGUGGCGUCAACAUCAUCUGUUUCCAGGAAGCGUGGACGAUGCCCUUUGCCUUCUGUACGAGAGAGAAGCUUCCUUGGACAGAAUUUGCUGAGUCAGCAGAAGACGGGCCCACCACCAAAUUCUGUCAGAAGCUGGCAAAGAACCAUAACAUGGUGGUGGUGUCUCCCAUCCUGGAACGCGACAGGGAGCAUGGGGACGUUUUGUGGAAUACAGCCGUGGUGAUCUCCAAUUCUGGAGCAGUCCUGGGAAAGACUAGGAAGAACCACAUCCCCAGAGUGGGUGAUUUCAACGAGUCCACUUACUACAUGGAAGGAAACCUGGGCCACCCCGUGUUCCAGACACAGUUUGGAAGGAUUGCGGUGAACAUUUGCUACGGGCGGCACCACCCCCUCAACUGGCUGAUGUACAGCCUCAACGGGGCCGAGAUCAUCUUCAACCCAUCGGCCACCAUUGGAGCACUCAGCGAGUCCAUGUGGCCCAUCGAGGCCAGAAAUGCAGCUAUUGCCAAUCACUGCUUCACCUGUGCUAUCAAUCGCGUCGGCACGGAGCACUUCACGAACGAGUUUACCUCUGGAGAUGGAAAGAAAGCUCACAAGGACUUUGGCUACUUCUAUGGCUCGAGCUAUGUGGCAGCCCCUGACAGCAGCCGGACUCCUGGGCUGUCCCGUACCCGGGAUGGACUGCUGGUUGCCAAGCUCGACCUAAACCUCUGCCAGCAGGUGAAUGAUGUCUGGAACUUCAAGAUGACGGGCAGAUAUGAGAUGUAUGCACGGGAGCUCACCGAAGCUGCCAAGCCCAACUACAGCCCCACCAUUGUGAAAGAGUAGCUGGCUUCAGUGCCUGCCUUGGGGUGAAGGAGACACCUCUGCCCCAGCAGAUUAGCAAGCGUGGCAGGUUUAACAUAUCCAACAUAUUCCCCAACAACAUUGUCCAGGUCAGCUUUAAAAUGCCCAGGCAGCGGGAGGGUGGCAUGGGGAGUGACUUUUUUUUUUUUUUUUUUUUUGAGAUGGAGUCUUGCUC